AUGUUUUCACUCUCACAUCCUCUCCUCUUUCUUUCAUUCUUCACAAUAAUUCAACUGCUACUACCAUCAUCAGCUAACUGUCCAUCUUCAUUUAACUGCGGAUAUCUCACACAAAUCUCCUUUCCUUUCACAACCACACAACAUCCAAACUGUGGCAUGCUAAUCAUACACGGCUGCGAUGACUCAGAACCACAAUCCAAAAAAACCAUUCAAAACAACAAAACAUGGUUCGAUAUCACCAAAAUCGAACCCUACACAAUCACAAUCAAAGACCAAGAUCUCCACGACAUACUGCUAAAAAAAAGUUGCGACAUUCUAACUUACAACUCUAAAUUUACUGUCAACACACCUCUGGUUUCAUCUCGUUUACAGAAUUACAUAACUGUUUACGGAUGCAACACUAACAACACAGUCGAUCUUCAACAGUACUAUUCUGUUUCUAACUCUACUUCAAUCUGUAGAAACGAGAAUGAUAGUUUGAAUGGUGUUUCAGAUUCAGAUAUACAGAGUAAUAAAGCUAUUGUGGUUAUAACUGAUUCUAUUUCUUCGAAUUCCAAUCAUCUAAGAGGUUGUUCAAGAGCUCUGAUUCCAACCAGUUUUGAGGUUAAACGUCUUGAUCCGGAUCAACUUUUUAACUCUUUAAGCGAUGAAAUUGCUAUCGAAUUACAAGUUUCUCAGAAUUGUUCUACCUGUCAUGAUCUUGAUGGAGGUCAAUGUCGUCUUGAUAACUAUGCCCAGUUUUAUUGUCAACAUGAUAAUUCUAAAAAGACCCGUCUUAUAGUGGUUGCAGUUGCAUCUUCUGCUGGAGUACUUGUAGUUCUAGCAAUUUUGGGUUGGUUCUUAAGAAGGCGUUUUUUCAACGAUAAAAACCCACCAUACCAAAUAAUUGAGUUGUUUCUGAAAAACCAUGGCCACCUUGCAGCUAAAAGAUACACUUAUGCAGAGAUAAAGAAAGCAACAAAUUCAUUCAAAGACAAACUCGGUCAAGGAGGAUAUGGCAGUGUAUACAAAGGAAAAUUACAAGAUGGAAGUCUCGUGGCAGUAAAAGUAUUAAGCGAAUCUAGUGGUAAUGGCGAAGAAUUAGUGUCACUUCUCAUGUUAACAUUGUUACUUUAUUGGGAUUCUAUUUAG